CUGGGAAACCUCUGCAUUUUAAAGGAUGCCCUUUCCACCGAAUUAUUAAGAAAUUUAUGAUUCAGGGUGGAGACUUCUCAAAUCAGAAUGGGACAGGUGGAGAAAGUAUUUAUGGUGAAAAAUUUGAAGAUGAGAAUUUUCAUUAUAAGGUAAAGAAAAAAUCUUAGUUUUGCUAAUAUAAAGACUGUAUUUGAAAUAUACUUGGAUUAACAUUUAAAAUAACUUUGGAUGUGGCUAGAUUGCUGUCAUCCCCGCCCCCUUCUGGUACUAGGACCUCUUAUGACAGCCAAAUGGUUCAUCACUAAGCUCCCCUUUGCCAUUUUCUAUUUUGAGCCUGGGUCUUGCCUAUUGCUCAGGUUAGCCUUAAACUCAUCCUAGCUGAGCCAUGCCUUGGACUCCCAGUCCCUUUUACUUACCCUUCUUAGGCACUGGGAUUACAAACCUGUGUCAGCAGCCUGGUACGGAUUGUACUUUUCUUAUAAAAGAGACAAAUACAUAAGCAUUUCUAAGGAUGUGUAGUACUGGGGCUGAGUUCAGGGUCCUGUGCAUGCUAGGCAAAGUCCUCUACUACUUGCACCACAUGCCAGUUCAGUAUGCAUCUUUGAUAUGAAAAGGAUUUAAUCCAGUAACAGUUUGCUUUUUGAGAUAAGGUUUUAUUGUGUAGUCCAGGUGACCUUGAAUUUACCAUCCUUCUGCAUUUUGCCUCCCAAAUACUGAAUGGCAGAUAAGCAGCAGUUUAUCCAGUUUAUGCCUGGCCAGUAUGAUAUUUUGGCAAAAAUAGCAUACUUAACUUCACUACAAUUAAUUUUUAUAUGCUUCAGUUAAGCCAAUGAGUUUUAAGCUUCCAUAUGGCACAAUUGAUCCCAGGAAAAAUGUUCUCAUUAUUGUAAGGAUGGUAACUUGUGCAUCUUUAUCCUUGAAUUUGAAGAACAACAAAACCAUCGCUAAUAUCCAGGAUGUCAGGGGAUUUUCCACCUAGCGGAUAUGGUUAAUGUUCGGGGUGUAUUGCACCAUUCCCGUUUUAAGAACAGACAUCAUGAUCGGGAGGGUUUGCUGAGCAUGGCAAAUGCAGGCCCCAAUACAAAUGGUUCUCAGUUCUUUAUCACAACAGUUCCAACUCCUCAUUUGGAUGGGAAACAUGUGGUAUUUGGUCAAGUAAUAAAAGGACUAGGUGUGGCAAGGAUGCUUGAAAAUGUAGAAGUGAAUGGUGAAAAACCUGCCAAACUCUGUGUUAUUGCAGAAUGUGGAGAAUUGAAGGAAGGGGAUGAAUGGGGAAUAUUCCCCAAAGAUGGCUCUGGGGAUAGUCAUCCAGAUUUCCCUGAGGAUGCAGACAUAGACUUAAAGGAUGUAGAUAAAAUUUUAUUAAUAUCUGAAGACUUAAAAAACAUUGGAAAUACUUUUUUCAAGUCUCAAAACUGGGAGAUGGCUAUUAAAAAAUAUGCAAAGGUUUUAAGGUACUUGGAUAGUUCAAAGGCUGUUAUUGAGAAAGCAGAUGUAUCCAGACUGCAACCCAUAGCCUUAAGUUGUGUGCUGAAUAUUGGUGCUUGUAAAUUGAAGAUGUCAAAUUGGCAGGGGGCAAUUGACAGUUGCUUGGAGGCUCUUGAAAUGGACCCUUCAAACACUAAAGCACUAUACCGAAAAGCACAAGGAUGGCAAGGAUUGAAAGAAUAUGAUCAAGCAUUGGCUGAUCUUAAGAAGGCGCAGGAGAUAGCCCCAGGAGAUAAAGCUAUCCAGGCAGAAUUGCUUAAAGUCAAACAAAUGAUAAAGGCACAGAAAGAUAAAGAGAAGGCAGUGUAUGCAAAAAUGUUUGCUUAAUAAGGAUUAAAGUUUCCUUAACUAUUAUACAUUGAUUAUAUAAAGGACAAUGUAUAUUACUGUCUACAUAAUCCCUGAUGUGUUUCCCUUGAUCUUUGUCAUUGUUUACAUAGCAGUGCUGACAUCGGUUCCUUAAUAAAGUUACGAAUUACAGUGAA